AUGGGGUGUCCUGAGUUCUCUGCUUCGAAGCCAAUUAUUUUACUCGACUGCAUUGAUCAUUGGCCAGCACUGUCCUUUCGAAGAUGGAGUCUGGCAUAUUUAAAAGCGAUUGCAGGUCAUCGCACAGUGCCCAUCGAAGUAGGAAAUAAGUAUACGGACGACAACUGGACCCAAAAGUUCGUGACAAUUUCCGAGUUCAUUGCCAAUUUCAUAGAAACAAGCGACGGCAAAAUCGGCUACCUUGCCCAGCAUGCUUUGUUUGAUCAAAUUCCCGAACUUAAGAAGGAUAUUGAAGUACGAUAAUGCGACUCCUUCAAAGAAACCAACUUCCUUACCUCGCAGAUCCCUGAGUAUUGUUACCUUUCGCACUCGGGGGAAACUGAAGGAGAACCCAUAGUGAAUGCUUGGUUUGGCCCUGGUGGAACCGUUUCUCCCCUUCACCAAGAUCCAUAUCAUAACUUGUUCGCUCAGGUAGUUGGUACUAAGUACUUACGAAUUUAUGACGAAAAGUUUAGUUUGUGUAUGUACCCGUAUGAGGCAAACUCUCUACUAAGCAACACCAGUCGUGUGAACCUUGAAGUUUUCGAUGCCGCGGACUUUCCUUUGUUUCCAACGGCGCCUUUUCGCGAUUGCAUCCUAAAAGAGGGCGAGCUGCUUUAUAUACCGCCUCGCCACUGGCAUUUCGUAAAGUCCCUUGAAACGAGUUUCUCUUGCAGUUUUUGGUGGGACGGCUAGCCUUUAGUUGAGUGAGAGGUCAAGCAGAAUAAAGAAGAAACUCUGAGCAAACUUUUUUUAUUCUUUAAAGGAUGU